AGGAAACUAGCGUUCCGUUUGUUCCCUAGAAUGCGUCAGGUGAACUAUCCAGUAUGGCGGACGGAGAAAGUGACUUGGGAAUAGAGGCGCUAGAAAUCGAACUGGAUGCUUUAUUUGACCGAUAUUGUAAAAAUGAACCUACACUGCUAAGCAAGGAAUAUUGCUCCGAUUUUUGUAAGUUAGUGGAGGACCACACACGGCAAUGGCAGGUACCUCUGCCUCAGCUGAAGCUGCUUCGAAUAGCCCUCUGCCGUUUUACCAAAGCCACCUCUGCCUUUCCUGAGGACUGUCAGCAUAUUGGCUAUGCUCUCAGCAGUUUGGCAUUGAGCUUUUUUGAGCUGAUGCUGUUCUUCAGCAAGGAGGAGUUUCAAGAACAUCCCCUAAAGGACAUACUAGAUUCUUUGCAGGACUGUCAUUCUAAACUGCUGAGACACAAGAAUGUCUACCUACAGCAAGUCAGGCAGAUCAUCAACAAUGGCGGCCCUUGGGAAGGCCCUGUGCUGCAGGCCAUCCUAUGGGAGACUGCAUGGCCACAGACAGAAGUGGAGAACUAUUUGAGCUCUGAGGUGCCAGUGUUUUUUGAGCUGCGCGUGCGGUACCUGCAGGCUUGUGAGCGUGUGCAGGAGGCCUUGGCCCUGGCUAAGAGCUGCCUGGAACACCCUGCCACAGGCAGACACCUGUACUUCCACCAGGCCUACCUCACCUGCCUUUACAAGGCAUCGUUACACGAACACCUGCAGAAAGAGGUGGCUGAGAUAGAUGGGAGAGAUGCUGUCGAGAUGAUCUGCAAUACGGAGAGCAUCGAGAAAGAUGAGCUGCUCCUGUAUCUGUGCAAAGCAUUCCUCACCCAGCAGCUGCAGAACGGAGACAUGUAUUACAUCUGGGACCUGGUGUUUAUUUGGAGUAGGCUGCACCUCAGGGCACACCCUUCCAAACAGGGCUUCCUGGCUGAAUGCAGGCAACUUAUGGCCUCUGUCAGCAAUGUACGCGCCAUCUUCCUCUUUAUCAAAGUGGUCACGGAAGAGAUGGGGACUGAGGGCGUUCAGUUCUGCGUGGAACUGUGUGCCCGAGCUAUGCAGCGCGACCCCCAGUCGGACCCCCAGACACGCUCCCUCGUGUGCAAGACCCUCGCCUUCCUGCUGCGCGGGGACCUGGAGGUGUGUCGGGCCUGCGCCCUGCUGGUCCUUCACCUGGAGCACAGCCUGGAGGCCUACAGGACCGUGUGGGUGCUUUACACCCACCCCGACCAGGAGCAGCACCCACACCAGAGCCCCAUCAAGACCAACAUCCGCUUCCUCAUCCUGCAGUUGCUAAAAGAAGGCCUAUGCUUUGACCCCGAGUUCUGGAACCUUUUUACCCUGAGGACCCACUGCUUGGAGCUGAUGAGCGACAAAGCAGUCAAGGCUGCUCUCAGCGAGAUGCAGGAGGAAGAGCAGGCGGAGGAGGAGUGGAUACCCAAUGACCUGAGCGCACCCCAGGCCUGCGGGCCACACCCAGGUGCUGCCCGUCCGCAUCCCGAAGCAGGCCCAGCGUCCGAUGGCUCUGCUGGGAGGGAGGAGGAGGAGGUGGAGGAGGAGGAGGGCGAGGCUUCUUCCGAGCCCCCACCCGACAGCCCAGUCAAGAGGAGGUGGUGGAGCAGGCGGAGGAGGAGAGUGAGGAGGCGACACGGCUCUGAUGACGCUGACUCAGGAGACGACCCAGAAAUCAAAUACGCGAUCAAGCCCACCUACACGGACAGCAGGUCCAAAUACUCCCUCAGGCGUCAUCCCACCGCGGCUCAGGAAGGCAGCCUCAAACAGCCUGCCAACCGGCAGAGGGAGUACUUGGCGAGGCGAGUCAAGAACACCAUUCUGAAGAGGCGGGGAAGGAAGGCCAGUUGGCUCCUGGAGAUGAUCAGGCUCCAGGCAGAGAACAUUGCCCCGGAGGGCAUUAGGGAGAAGGGGCGGGGAAGGGGGCGGUGGGGUAAGAGGAAUGCCCUCAGGACUUCCACAUUGGAGCUCUCCUACCCUGAGAAUGAAAUGACGGUGGAGGAGAGGGUUGGUACAGGGAACGGCAUCAGGCCGGAGGGAGGACUUGACCCGUCGGAGAAAGAAAACGAGAUGAUGGAUACCGAGAACAGUAUUAAACGGUGUAAGAUGGAGGGCCAUGGUGAGAUGGUAGAUGUUAACUGUGUACAGGGUAAUGCUCCUGGAGCACUGAAAACAGACACAGACUCGAGGUCUGUGGAGGCGGGGCAUUGUUCCCCUGGUGGGCCUUCAGAGCUGGAGCUUGAUGGUCCAUUGUUGACGCUUGAGGAGGAUCCACUGCAACUCUUCCACAACUACUCCAAACUUCACAAAGAGGACGAUGAGAAUGAACUACAGCCCCCAGAAUCCCCCCGGUCGGAAGCAGAUGAUGACAGCACUGAGCAGAAGCUGCCGUUGGAAGAAGACCCUCAGGGUGACGGCAUGAAGCCAUGGAAGGCCCGUGCCCUCCGUGCCCGACGCUAUGCCCACCUGCAGCACCACUGUGUCUACUGCCACAAGGACUUCAAAGGUGGGAACGUGGUGCGCCACAGUAUCGCCCACCUGAAGAGGAGGAGGGUGUGCUGUAUCUUCUGCGGGUCCUGCUUCAAGAAGUACAACCUGGCCAAGGAGCAUGUCCUCAAACACAUCGACGAACUGCUCAACAACCCACCCGGCGAGCAAAAGACAGACGACACAGAACCCAAAAGCGCGACGUCCCCCGCGGUCAAUGGAUCCACGGCACCGCCAGAGGGUGAGCGCCAGGUCCGGAAACCCAAGCCAAAGUCUGAGAUCAGCAAGCAGGCCCGGAUCAUCCAGAACCUCCGCGUUCUGCUCAAGAAGACCAGGAACCUGAACAAGACGCCAGAGCAGGCCAACCACACCGGACGCGAGCCGACGGGCUUCAAGGACGAGCAGGUGCUCGUCAAAGACAAACGGGUGAUUCUGAAGACUGAGACGGGAAAGGAAGGAGGAGAGGUGAAGGAACGAGAGGCGGGAGAGAACGGCCUCGGGGCCGAGUACCCACUGUGUCCCGCCGAGGACUGUGAGAAGAUCUUCAUGAGGAUCGGUCCGUCUCUGCUCAAACACGCCCUCAGGUUCCACACGGGAGACCCGGCAGUGCUGGAGCAGACAUUCCUGUGGUCCAAGGGCAGGUGCAUCUUCUGCCAAAGGCACAUGCUGAAUGUCCAACACUACAUUGACCACAUGAAGCUCCACGACGCCCCUCUGAGGCAGAUGUGUGUCCACCUGAAAUGCAGCCGGCGCUUUAAGACCCCCCAGGAGCUGAAAGAGCACAGGGAGACCCACAGGCCCCUGCAGCCUCAGUGUCUCUUCCCUGGCUGCGAGCUGAUCUUCACCACGCUCUCCGGCCUCCAUGACCACGAGUGGAGGCACUAUACCCAGCCCCAAGGGAAGGAAGGCCCAGGGCAAGUCAACCCCAGCCAGGUCAAUCCCGAGGCCCCGUGGAAACACAGGGUGAAGAUCCUGGAGCUGUGGCAGCAGGAAGGGAAGGGCCAGAGAGAUAAGGCCCAGGUCCCAGACUCUGUGGCCAGGCAUGGGACUGGGACUACCGAGAGAGUGCCAGGCCAGGCUCCUGAGUCGAACCCUAAUGGUGAAGCGUCAAACACAGCCACUGGUCUUCCCAGAGACCCCGGCCUGAGGCCCGUCAAUGGACACGAGGUGGGGCACACCCACCAGGCUCCGGAAGGAGAGCGUCCUGCCUCUCAUGCCACCCCAACAGCACCCGCGUCAAAGCCCAAGAACUUUACAGAACCAUCCCAUCCUGGCGCUCCAGACAACGUGGACAUGAGGGACGCGGAGGAGCCGGUCACUCUCCCCGACGUCCUGAGGACCCUGGAAGACCCGGUCAUCCAGGCCCACAAGCCAGUCAAACCAGAGGACCCCGUCUGUGCACCUUUCGUCAAAGCCCCGUUCAUCCGCCCGCCGCCUUCCACCUACCUGGACGAGUCGGCGCUCAGCAUGCGCAAGCGCAGCAAGGCCUCCGAGGCGUCUUCCAGUCCGCAGUCCAGCAGUAAGAGCCGGCUGGUGGUCGUGGCGGUGCCGCAGAGGCAGCGCUGCUCCAAGUGUCUGUCGUCCUUCAGCGGGCCAGUGGAGCUGGAGAAACACCAGGCUCUCAACACCUGCUCCUCCCUCUUCAACUUCGACUCUGACGACGACAGUUAAAGGCGAUGGGUGAACUCAGGGACCUUUGUCGAGGCUGCUUGACGAUUGUGAACUUCGAGAUUGUUAACCUCUUCUUCCUUCUGACACGUGGACUGUGAGACUGAACGAGCUGUUAUGGACCCUAAGAUCAUCCCCUGUUGAGAGGUGAAAAGGCCUACUGUGUGGUACAGAUGACAGUCUGACCUUUAUCUCAGAGAGACGUCAACUUGUAGUCAAUUUUGACCCCCUUUGUGUUCAAGGAUUUUACAGGACUUGAUAGAUGUAAUCAGUCCAUCACGGAAGCCUUGCAGAGCAUGCAAAUUCACAUCUAAAUUGGAAAUGGGCAGGCCCAAGUGGUAGAGCUAGAAUGGGGUGAGUGUGUAUUACCUAGCAAUAAAUAUUUAUGCUAUAAAAAAAAGGCAUGUUUCCCCAAACACACACUAUUGACACAUGGACAUUCGUCUCUUGUAACGUCCUCAUUAGAUAAGUACACUUUUGGUAGUUUAACCAGAACGGCACCUACUGGUGCUCAGCCUUACUACAAUCCUUUCCUUUAAUAAAACGCUCUCUUUGCCUCAUUCUGCCGUUACACCAUUGUGCUCUUCAGGAACACAUUCUACAAACCACAUACUGUAGAUAUGCUACACUAGUCAUAUCCUUCCUAAGUCUGCGAUAUACACUGUAUAUAAAUUUGGACUUAUCGACUAUUUGAUUCUAUGAUAACCAUCAUCGAUUCACUACGUCCUAUGCUACAUUUCCUCAAUGAGAGAUGAAGUGAAAUGCACUGUAUUAAAAAAAAAAAAACAGUAUUUCUAGACUGCUUGAAAUAAUGAUUUACUCAGUUUGCUGUAAAAAAAAUAAAAUGUAACUGACCUGUUACAAUUUUCAGUUGUUACUGCUCUCUAUUUUUUACUGACUUUUUGUAAGGAUGUAGGAGUUUCCUACUUGUGAAUAUGUGUCUAUGCAUUUCAUUAAAAAUGUUUUAUACAAAUGAUUUUUGACACUAGAUAACUGAUGUACUUGUAAAGUAUGUGUAAGGUUCGGUGUGAUUUGCAUUUAUAUGAUGGAUAUUUGGUACAAGGAUUAAUACAUAAGGACAUUUAAAAUAAUGUGUAUUUACUUGAUUUGUACUGAAAGGUGUCAUUUAUUUUUCUUAAAGAAAAGACUUGGCUUGUUUAAAUAAACACUUGUUUAUGAAUCA